AUGGCGUGGGCCAACAGCGAUCUCUCGGCGCUUGUCUACGCAACGACAUGGAUAAUGCUGCUCAUGUCAACCAUCUUCCUUGCCCUGAGAGUCUAUAGCCGACUCCGAAACGCCGGGAUCGGGCUCCAAGCAGACGACUGGAGUCUCAUCGUAGGCUGGUUCUUCUUGCUCCUAGCAUCGGCAAGCGUGUCUUGGUUGAUGGCUGUCUUUCUUAUUCGAGGGAACUUGCUGAAGAUCACCAUCGCCCGAGUACAUCACAACCUCCAGUCUGUCGCUCUAGGUUUGACAAAGACAUCGUUUGGAAUCACGCUGCUGAGGUUGAUGCCCGGAGGCUGGGAAGCGAAGCUCGUCUGGGGCGUUAUCGUUACUAUGAACCUGCAGUUUGCGAUACACAUCAUCGCGUCGUGGCAGGCUGUUUGCGGUGCACCAGAUGAAGGACAUAUCGGAGGGGAUAGGUGCUGGCAGGUAGACCAGUCGGUAACAUUCAGUGUCUUCAGUGCAUUAUAUUCGGCUAUUUGCGACGUGGUUCUUGCUCUUCUGCCGUGGAAGAUGAUCUUCAACCUACAAAUAAAACAAUCGGAGAGAAUAUGCUUGGUCAUGGCUUUGAGCAUGGGGAUCCUAGCAGGUGUUACAGGGGUAAUGAAAGCUGUUCACGGCUACGUGUUGAUCAACGUGAGAUCUCCUGAUUAUCUGUACAACCAAGCAGUCUACUGGGUCUGGUCCAUGGCUGAACCAAAUGUCACCAUCAUUUCAGCAUCUAUACCCGUUCUUCGCGGUUUCGUUCGCCAGGUCCGAAAACGAACAGAGUCAUCCUCGGGAGCUGGGGCAUACAUCAAGACGGGGGAUGCAAGUGGCAGAUUCUACAAUCAGAGCACUGUGACGGCUACAAGAGGAGAGCCAAGAGAUCGCGAUGCAUCCAGUGACAGCAGCAUCCUGGUUUCAGAGCAGCAAGGAAGCAGUGCUGGUGGAGGAGGCGGCAUCACAUGGACCACUGAGAAGAGCGUCGAGUACGCACCUCGACCUCAGACUGAACAUCGCAAUGAAGCAGCUGACAAGAAUGCUUCUAAAGACGUGUCUGAGUUCGAGAUGAAGCCUAUAGACCGUCGGAAAGGUGGCGCAUAG